CAUCAAGUGUCUGGCCCCCACCUACCUGGGGAGUUCAGCCUGUCUGGCAAGGAGCUGAGACCGAGAGGCAUCAACAGGAUAGGUAACCUCCUGGUACCAAAUGAUAACUACUGUAAGUUUGAGGACUGGCUGAUGCCCAUUUUGGACCAGAUGGUGCAGGAGCAGAAAGAUGAGGGCACCCACUGGACCCCAUCCAAGAUGAUCCACCGUCUGGGCAAAGAGAUCAACAACCCAGAGUCUGUCUACUACUGGGCCUAUAAGAAUGACAUCCCAGUGUUCAGCCCUGCUCUGACAGAUGGAUCCAUUGGGGACAUGCUCUAUUUCCACUCAUAUAAAAACCCUGGGCUGGUGCUGGAUAUAGUAGAUGAUAUCUGCAGGUUGAACAGCAAGGCAGUGUUUGCCAAACAGACAGGGAUGAUUAUUCUGGGUGGGGGCCUGGUCAAACACCAUAUAGCCAAUGCCAAUCUGAUGAGGAAUGGAGCGGACUAUGCAGUGUUUGUGAACACUGGGCAGGAGUUUGAUGGUUCCGACUCAGGGGCCAGGCCUGAUGAGGCAGUAUCUUGGGGGAAGAUCCGCAUGGAUGCCAAGCCAGUCAAGGUGUACGCUGAUGCUUCCAUAGUCUUCCCACUGCUGGUAGCUGAGACGUUUGCCCACCAUGCUGACAAGCUGAUUCCUGACAAGAAAGAAUAACCAAACUAACCAAGGUGUUCCCACUCCACACUUAAAGGAAUAAUCCACAAAAAAACCACUUGUUUUUUGUUUCAUUAGUCAACUGUUGAUACAGCCCCAAAAUGUUUUGCAUGUCAGCAAUCAAGUUUUCAAGAUAUAGAACUUUCAAAAGGUUGAUUCACUUGCUACAUCAUGAUAAUGCAUCAUAUAACAGUGAUCUGUCUCUGCGUCUAUUUUUAGACAUGAUGUUCUGUUUACGGACUUCUCUCUCCAUUAUUUCAGAAAUAAGUCUUUGCUACGGGGUACAUGUAGCGUAGCGUAGCGUAGCGUAGCGUAAGUGUUUUUGUUGUUGAAUGACGUGAAUUGCCAUGUACCAAUGAGUUGUGUGUAUGCGUGCAUACUGGCACGUUUGAGAAUGACAUUGCUGAGUGAGACAUUACUAUAUGGUAAACUUAUAAGAUAUGUUAUUUUUUUAAGUUAGUGAGAGGGUCUCUUUAGGGGAGCAUGCACUGUUAUUCAAAGAAAUGCUUACUGAGGUGAAAUUGAUUGAUUUAUUACCUAAUACCUACUCAUGUAUAUAUGAGUAAAUUAAUAAAAACAACCUCAGAAUGUUUCCAUUAUUACAGAAUAAAACAUCUGAUGUUGUCUUA